AUGCGCCUUAUCAAUGCUACCACAUUGAAGCUCCACUCGUUCAUCGAUGACUCUCAACAUCCCAAGUACGCCAUACUAUCGCACACAUGGGGUAGCGAGGAAGUCACUUUCGAGCAGCUCCGCAACGCACGACAUGCCGAUCUUGAACGCAUGUCGGGGUUCCGAAAGAUCCUCUUGGCCUCGCAACAGACACUGCGAGACGGACUGGAUUAUGUUUGGGUGGAUACAUGCUGCAUCGACAAAACGUCUUCUGCCGAACUAAGCGAGUCUAUCAACAGCAUGUUCCGGUGGUAUAAGAACGCAACCAUUUGCUACGCAUACCUGGACGAUGUCGAUGUGGUUGAAGACGGACCCGAGCCUUUCAUUGACAAGUACCGUGGGCUGGUUCGCGAGUACAUCAAAGAAGAGGAGCUCGCAAGCGCGAAAUGGUUUACCCGUGGAUGGACGCUCCAAGAGCUUCUUGCGCCCAACGUGCUUUAUUUCUACGCCAGAGGCUGGAAGUUUGUAGGAGACAAGGAUUAUCUGGAACCCAAGUUGGCGCGUAUAACUGGUAUCGAUAUAGAUGCUCUCGAUCCAGGCAAGAAGCUGGACAACUACAGUGUAGCGACUCGCAUGAGCUGGGCAGCAUCUCGUAAGACUACCAGAGCAGAAGACAUGGCGUACUGCCUGCUUGGUCUAUUCGACGUCAAUAUGCCGCUUCUGUAUGGCGAAGGGGGCCACAAGGCGUUCACACGCCUCCAACAGGAGGUUUUAGAAGACAGUUCUGACUGUAGUAUAUUUGCGUGG